CUUUACUAAGAAAGGGUCUUUUUGGGUAUCGCCGGUAUCUCAAUUUAGACGACUUGACAGUUUUGCUGGGAGAGCGUGAUAGCAGAGACAAUUGCAAGAAAUGGCCACCUCUGUCUCAAAUCGCCCAAUCUGGGAAGAAAUUGAACGUUCCGAGAGCUAUCUUGUUUGCUGUAUGUUCGAGGAAGCGGUUUCGUUAGCUUCUUCUGUCCUCAGGCGCUUAUGUGAUAAUGAGUGCACUGAAGGUAGAGAAGAUAUUGAAUUGAAUGAUAUGUUGGAAUCAGCUGGUAUGGUGCUGGUACAGUCUUUGAAAGAACUUGGAAGGACAAUUGAAAUUCUGAAUGAGCUUAAACUGUUGUUCGGUUCAGUCACUGGCAUUCCUGUUCAAGUUCUCCUAACUGGGGUGUAUUUUCAGAUAUCAGAAGCUCCUUCAGGUGUCCGAGAAUUUCUCGAGGAAUUCCUUAGCAAAUGGAGAUACGUAGAUGAACAAUACUAUGUUCUUGCAACUGCAGAAGCGAAUGUGUCUUAUGUUGAAGGAUGUGAAGGUCGUUUUAUGCUUGGAGUUGACGAAUAUCUGGAAGUUGUUGAGGUCUAUGUUAUAACGUUUCUUGGGAUGGUUCUGGGUGAGAUGGACCUUGCUAUCUCUUGGGUUGAAAAAGCCACCUUACCCGAGGAAAAGCGGCAGGAACUUUUGAGAAGACUGCACUCCCUGUGUUCUUCUAAGCUAACCAGUUCAUCACAUGGUUCAUUGGAACCCUCACUGGCAGAUGAACUUGAUACAUCUGAGGGAUCUCCAAAAGCCCUGAAGGCCCAUUUCCCUUCUAAUGGAGACGAUGAUAAGAGAAAGGCAAUCUUGAAAUUAUAUGGACAAGGUGUUCCAUGUUUUUGGUGGUUCCGCACCAUCAAUUUGAAGUUUGGUAAUGCUCAGUUUGUCGUAUCAAAUGGGAAUAUAGUAUUGGGCUGUUUGAUGUUUCUCAUUUAUUUUUUUCUGCGAAGAAAACAAGCCAGUUUAAAAAGGGUUCUUAAGAGACAAGCUUUUUCUAUGAAGAAGGCUUUGGUAGACUUGUGGCAGCUUGCUUUCUCUUACCAAGUGAAUCCUCUAGCUGCUGUCCAACCACUUCCGGCUGCAACGCGUGGAAGCAGGUGAUGGUGCCUCGUGUUCCCCAAUUCUUCCCAUCUCAAGGCUAUAGCCAUUCGUGCGCUUUGGGAGGAAAUAUUUCUAUACAACACAAAAUUUACUCGUGGAAAAUCUUCACUGCUAGCUAACAAAUGAUUUCAAUAAAUUUCCUAUGAAGCUAUAGCUCGUUCUUUUCCCCUUGUAUAAUGCAAUAAAAUUGUGUUAGAUGUCUGGGCAUCGGCAUUUUUGCAAUUCUUGUAUAAAAAUGAAAAUCUGCAUUAGAAUACUUAGUAAAACAUUAACGAAUCCAUUCAAUUCAGGGAGACAUUUAAGCAGGGUUUUAUUUUCAUAA